AUGAGCCAGUACGAUCAAUUCUUACAGGAACAUCGUGAGCUGACGCGACGCUACUUCAUGAAGCUCGGUCUUGGCGGGCUAUCUACGGCGGCGCUGCUUGGGCAGGGAACUGGUACAGCAGUGCAGGCCAGCCCUUUGUUUCCCGAUGCGGAAGAGCAAUCGGCCCGAUUCGCUUCGUAUUUCACACCCGACGAGUUAUUUGGCGAUGUCUCGCGGGGCGAUCCUUUGCCGCAUUCGAUCGAUGAGGAUAAGCGGAAAGAGGUGGGGCUAACGCGCGAUACGUGGCAGUUGGAGGUGAUCUCUGAUCCGGAUAACCCGGUGAAGCUGGGAAGCCCGCGCACCAAAGCCGACGGUACGGCGAUUGAUUUCGACACGCUGAUGAAACUGGCCGAAACCCACGCGGUGCGGUUUCCCAAGAUCAUGACGUGCCUGAAUCUUGGUUGCCCGUUGGGGAUGGGGCUGUGGGAAGGCGUUCCGCUUCGCGAACUCAUCGCGUUGGCCGAGCCGCGGAGAGAUGUGCGGCGGGUUUUCUUCUACGGCUACCACAACGACGACCCCGAGCAGAUGUUUCGCAGUUCGCUGCCAAUCGGUCGGGUGCUGGAAGACUACUUCAACAUGCCUCCGGUGAUUGCCUGCUACAAACUCAACGGCGAGUGGCUCAGCCAGCAACGAGGUGGGCCGGUGCGGGUUGUUGUGCCCGAGCACUAUGGCUUCAAGUCGAUCAAGUGGCUGUCGCACGUCGUGCUGACGAACCUUCCACACGCCAACGACACCUACGCCGAGCAGGGGAACAACGUCGACAGCCCCAUGAAGACCUUUGCCGCCACGAUUGCGGCCCCGCGUGAAGUGAAAUCGGGCACGCCCAUCGAAUUGACCGGCUACGCCCAAGUGGGCAUUGGCGGGUUGAGCAAGGUCCAGGUGUGGAUCGAGCAGGAUGGUGCCGAUCGGCCCGAGGAUGACACUUAUUUUUCGAAGGCCCCUUGGGUCGAUAUGGAAAUUCUCUCGCCGCCAAAAACUUGGGGUGGAGGUUUGCCAGACGACAAGAUUCCUACAGGCACCCAUGGAUUCGAUUCCGAUACGGGCCUCCCGCGGGAGUGGCCCAUGCGGUUCUGCGCAGUGCAUUGGGCCGGCGUCUAUCCGAGUCUUGCCCCCGGCGAAUAUACUUUGCGGUGCCGCUCGGUCGAUGCCAAUGGAAUUGGCCAACCGCUACCACGGCCAUUCCGCAAGGGCGGACGAUCGGUGAUCGAGCAGAUCACCCUGAAAGUAUCGCUCUCGCUGCGAUGGAUCACCGGGGCCGUACUGCUAACGGCGUUGUUCGCGGCGCUGGCAUUGUUGACUCCCAGCAUGCAGCUUCCUCCCGGACGGUAUCCGUUUCUGGUUGCCGCUUCCACGGCGUUCUUAGUGGUGGCCUGGCUUGCUGGAGCUUGGAACAGCAACUAUGGUCGGCUUGUGUUUGUGGCGUUGGUGUUCUGCUGGUUGGGGGAUGUGCUUGGCCCAUACAACUUCGCGUUGGGCGCUGGGAUGUUUUUGCUGGCGCAUGUGGUGUUCGUCGCGGCCUUCGUGGCCUUCGGGCUGAACUUGAAGAAGUGCCUGAUCGCUCUGCUGACGAUCGUUCCCAGCGGAGUGCUCUUGUGGUGGUUGUUGCCGCAAGUUGAACCGUCGAUGCGGCUGCUGGUGGCCGCGUACACUACGGUGAUUACGGUCAUGCUGAUCACCGCGGGCGGAACCACUCGGUUCAUCUUUGCGGCAGCCGUGGUGUUCUACGUGUCGGAUAUCUUCGUGGCCCGAUGGCGGUUUGUGGACCACGAUUCGGCGAACGCCUUUAUCUGCUACCCGCUGUAUUACACGGCGUGCCUGAUGUUCGCCAUUUCCAGCGGUGUCUCGAAAGGCCGCACACUACCCCCGCCGACCGAUUAA